AUGAAACAAACGAUAAUUUCAAUCCUAUUGAUUCUAUUUGUUAAUCAAUGUGUAAGUCAAAAUGGUUUUCCAAAACAAUUUCAAGCCAUAUUAAAUAUAAGUGGACUAGGUUCUUGGGAUUCACCAUUUCCAGGUGUUAAACAAUUAUUGUAUGAUUUUGAUAACUUAAGAGUUCGUUUCGAUAUUCAAGGAUCCCGAGCAAAUCAAAGUGAAACGUGGAUGCUUCAAUAUAAACCCAAAGGUGCCGAAGCAGAUUCAUCAGCUUCACAAGGUUAUACAAUGUUUAAUUUCAAUCCUGAUUAUCCAUAUUUUACAAAAGGUGAAGAAUGGAUACCAGAACUUCAAUUAAAUGCAACAAGAUAUGAUACAGUGGAAAUAUGUGAUUUGAUACACUCUCGUAUUGGCAAAGUUCCAUGUUUUAGUUAUUUUGAAACAAAAGAUAGACCAGUUAAAACCAUUCAAGCACGUCCUUCUCCUCCUGAAUCUUUUGAUAAUGAUGAAUACUUAACUACAGUUUACCUAUCAUUCAUCCGUGGUAUUCCAUCAGAAGCGGAACAUUUAUUCAAUCUACCUGCUCAAUGGCCUGGUUAUUGUGGAAAUGCAAAUGCAGGUUAUACUAUCGAACCCCAAAAUAGUUUUGUGGUAACUCCACAUAAUCAAGAUUAUUUUACAAUAAAAUUGCAAACACCGCCAGUUCAGUCAUCUGGUGGGCAAGUCAAAGUUGAGUUUAAAGUACGACCAUCAGGGAUUUACAAUGGUACACAAUGUGCUAAGUUCAAUAGAAUUAUUUUCGAAAAAAAUAAUUGGCAAAUACCACAACAGGUCAAUAUGUCUUUUAUUGAUUAUGGUUGUUGCAUAUAUGAAUUUACUGCAAACGGUGGUGGAUAUGAUUGGCUCUAUACUGACUUUUCAAUUUUUGUUUUCGGAUGUAAAGAACGAGCUGGAUAUGACUGCAAAGAAAAAAAAUGUGUGGAAUGA